AUGUCGGCUCCUGGCACCGUGGAGUCUUCGGACAGUGCGCUGAGACGAGAACGUGCUGUAAUUGCCGCUCAAGCCUGUCAAACGUGUCGAAGCAGGAAAAGCAAAUGUGAUGAGCAGAGACCGAAAUGUGGUCUCUGCCGAAGGCUCAAUGUCGAUUGUGUUUAUCGAGAGCCGCUCCCGACCAAGAAGGACAAGACUCUGGUUCACAUCCUGGAUACUUUGACGCGAAUUGAGAACAAAUUCGAUACCCUAAAUCUAUCUGGAUCUGCCAGAACUCCAGAGACCGAUGCUUCAAGUGGCGCUAGACAAUCCGUCAGUCAUUCGUCCAGCUCUUCAAACAGAAACUAUCGAGGUCGAGAUGAUGUCUCAGCCUCAGGGUAUCCUAUGGAGUUGCAGCAGGGCUAUCAUCACCUGACUGUACCUCACAAAAUUAUCCUCUGGCCCAGCGUCUAUAUCCAUCUGGUCAAUUCGGGAAUUGGAGCUGCAAGUGAUCUGCAGUAUGUGCUUCAAGAAGGUACCCCUUGGUUCAUACGACAGGAGAUGACUUCGAACGGGGAUACGAUGUCUCCAGAAGCUGGACUGCCUAGCUUCACCCCUAACGGCAGGACUACAGACCCAACCUCACCACCGCGUCUGGCCUUCUCGCACCUUCCGGCACAGCGCAUACACGAGUAUUGUGACGCAUACUUCAACUCUUUCAAUGUCUUGGCGCCAAUACUGAACAGAGAAUCUUUUAUGAACGAUGUCGCGAGACCAAUUGUACAGCAUGGUUUUGCGGAAGCAGAACCAGAGAGUGUGAUGCUUCUUCUCGUCCUGGCUUUGGGUCAGGUGGCUCUGGAAGGUGUUUUCGAGCGGCCGAUCAGUAUGGUCAAUGGUACACCGAGUGGCUUCCGCGGAGGUACAGCUGUGAGACCACCUGGCCUAGAAAUCUUCAAUGAAGCUCGGAAAAGGAUUGGCUUCAUUGCGAUGCAGAUGACGCUGGAGAAUGUGCAGAUUAUGCUCCUGCAGGCAACAUAUUUCGAAGCAACAGCACGCCACUUGGAGUUCUGGCGUUCAACGGUGUCUGCAUCAAUGGCAUGCCAAGUUUUAGUCAAGUGUCAGACGAUUGACUGGUCAACACAGUAUGGCGACCUUGUUAAACGUGCUUACUGGUGCUGUGUCCUUGCUGAGGAUCUCUACCAUCUGGAUCUCGACCUACCUCAGAGCGGCAUUCAGCAGUUGGAAGACCUCGUUCCUCUGCCAUACUUUCAAGAGGGACAGGACUUGGCAAAUCCGAGCUUUUAUGGUGGCGACGAUCGAUCCCACUUCCAAUAUCACUUUCUGGCCAUGAUUGCCCUUCGACGCCUCAUAUCCAGAAUACAUGAGGUGAUCCACGAGAAGUCGAAUGCACAAGCUAAUACUUUGUCAGAUUCAUCGCCGCAGAGCGAGUCAGCUGACGAUUAUGGAGGACCUCUCGUUGCUGUGACGCGCGAAAUGGCUCGACAGCUAGAGUCCUGGCGCUCACUUCUCCCUCGGCCCCUUCAAUGGCAGGACAGCGACAAACUCGACUUCCCGAACAUCGACCCAUCAGGCCGACGUCCAAACGAACCUCUUUUCUCGCCAGACCAAGGGCCCGUACCGAUCGGGCACAAAUUCAAUCUGGAUCUAGUGACGGCUCAACUGCGCACAAGAUUCUACUAUGCGCGAUUCAUGAUGUACAGACCUUUCGUGUACAAAGCUUUACAUUUCCCGGAGCUGAUGACGAGCGAAGACUGUAAUGGCUGCGCGCUCGCCAUUCAGUCAGCUCUCAUGUGGCCGAUAUCAAUGGCGCCACCGAAGAACAAAAAGCGACUCGUGCCACACCUGUUCGCGUGGACACAAAAUUUCAUGGCAAUAUUGCUGAUCCUGCGCAUGACUACAGAGAAUGAGUGCUUGAAACAGAUAUGCGAUGAGAAUGUCAACAGGGAUGAUGUGCAACAGUCGGUGGCGUUGAUGCUGGAAUGGAUAAGAGAUGUCCGCCAGGUUGACGGUAUUGCUGCGUGGGCUUGGAGGAUCCUUGAGCCGCUUUACUCUCUUAGCAGAGAAUGA